GUAUUCCGAGACAAAAUAUAUUAAUACAUUAUCAACAAUGGAGACAUCAGUCUCAGUAUUCGUCUUUUGCAUCUUCAUUCAUUUUCUUCCGUAUGUCUCGGCCAAACCGCCACAUAUUCUUUUCAUCGUGGCAGACGACUAUGGUUGGAACGAUGUUGGAUUUCGCAACCCUAGUGUCCUCACCCCAAAUAUCGAUAAAUUGGCUCGCAGUGGGAUGAUCCUGAAUUCAUCUUACGUAAUGCCAGUCUGCACACCAUCAAGAAAUUCAUUUAUGACCGGUCAAUAUGCCUUUAAAUCAGGAUUACAGCAUAUUGUGAUCUUACCACAACAAGCCACUUGUGCCCCUCUUAACAAUACAUUUUUACCAAAGAAGUUGAAGGAACUUGGGUACGCAACUCAUGCGAUUGGAAAGUGGCAUUUGGGAUUUUGUAAGUGGGAGUGUACCCCUACGUAUCGAGGAUUUGACACAUUCUACGGAUAUUACAAUGGCGCAGAGGACUACUACAAUCUCAGUAUCGCUGGAGGUAAAGACUUCAGAGACAAUAGAACACCUGUUAACGCAACAGGUGAAUACUCCACGAUUUUGUAUGCCAGGCGAGCAGAGUCCAUAAUUAAAGACCACGAUGCAUCUAAACCUAUGUACAUGUAUUUACCUUUCCAAUCAGUACACGAACCCCUUCAGGUCCCUCAGAAGUAUAGCGACAUGUACUCUAAGGUACAUACAGAAUCCCGCCGGACCUACCUAGGAAUGGUAACUGCAAUGGAUGAAGCUAUCGGCAACAUUACAAAAGCUCUAAAGACAAAGGGAAUGUUCAACGACACUCUCAUAGUAUUUACUGCCGAUAAUGGAGGUUGGAUUACAUACGCUGGGAAUAAUUACCCUUUAAGGGGUGGAAAGACCACUGUGUUUGAAGGAGGAACUAGAGCAACUGCUUUUGUUUCCGGGGCAGGGAUUCAAAAGUCAAACUAUGUUUAUCCAGGAAUGAUUCAUGCAGUAGAUUGGAUGCCAACAGUGCUAAGCGCCGCAGGAGGAACGCCAGACCCGACAUUGGAUGGCAUCGAUCAGUGGGAUAGUCUACGAACAGCAGGGGAAUCAAAACGAACCGAGUUUAUCUACAACAUCGACGAUUUAAGGCCGGAGAUCUGUGGUCAUGCUGCCAUUAGGAUGGGUGACUAUAAGUUGAUCGAUGGUUAUCCUGGGGCCUACCAAGACUGGUACAAGCCAGACCAGGUCGUGUCUGACUUGUAUGAAGAUGUAUCUUUAAACGACACACGUCCUUUUUUCAACAAAAUGAUGCUUUUUAAUCUUAAAGACGAUCCUAACGAACAUGUCGAUUUAUCCAAGAAGCACCCAGAUAUAGUUAAAAAACUGAAGUCGAGACUCGAUGUGGACUCGAAAUUAGAUGGUAUUGAUCAGUGGGAUAGUCUUCGAACAGCACGAGAAUCGAAAAGAAACGAGUUUAUCUACAACAUUGACGACUUUAGGCCAGAGAUUGGUGGCCAUGCAGCCAUAAGGAUAGGUGACUAUAAGUUGAUUGAUGGUUAUCCUGGGCUCCACCAAGGUUGGUACAAGCCAGAUCAUGUAGGCUAUGACCUGAACGAAGAUGUUUCGACAAACUGCAUGCGCCCUUUUUUCGACAAAAUGAUGCUCUUUAACUUGCAGGACGACCCUAAUGAACAUGUCGAUUUAUCCAGGAAGCACCCAGAUAUAGUUAAAAAACUGAAGUCGCGACUCGAGUACUAUCAUAAUCAAAUUGUUCCUGCAAAUUUCCCUAAGAAUUCGGCAUCGUCAGCCCCAACCAGUUACGGAGGAUUUUGGUCUCCAGGAUGGUGUUAAUGUGUUGUAGACUAAAAAGGUCUUUAGUGUUGUUCUUUUGAAUAAUUUUAAUUGUUUUAAAAAUAUAAAGCUUAAACAGACAAUAAAUUUUUUUGAUUGGGCAUAUACAUAAAUUUGUUAAUCAUAAAUUGCAAUAUGUAUUUAUGUUUCGUUUUAAUUUCUUAUUACAUUUGUUUAAUCAAAUAAAUCACUAUGGUGUUGAAAAAAUGUGUGUUUUGGUUUAUCAAAUCACCAGCAAUUGUGAUUUAAUCAUAAUUGUUUGAUAUCUGAAUUCAAUACUCGUUCGAUUUAAAAAACAUAUUUUUAUGUUCAAUGUGUGAAACUCUAUCACUCAAAAGAAAAAAAACCCGAAAACGAAACAUAAAAAAUAGCAAACAAACAAACCCCCUCAAGCUUUAUAUACAUGUAAAGGUUAUGCCUUUAGCUCACAUUUCAAAUGUAAUAUGUACACAUUUUUUCUUUUAAAAAUAAAAGCACUUGAUUUUGGGGAGUUGAUUUUCAUCAACUCUCCUAUGCAGUCACUCUGGCAAAACGAAAGUGAAACAGUGUUUGGAUCUAAGCACAAAUCAUCACCGCUGACAAGUCUUGGUUCUUGAAUAUAAUAGAAAAAUUCGAUAUGCAUUGUUUUUCAAGGAAACUUAUCUAUAAACACUUUGAAAAUAGUAAGAUGUUAUAUAAUACGAACAAUUUGGAUAAUUAUGUAGUCUCAUGUAUUCCUACGCCAAAGUUUAAUAUACCAGAAGCUCGGCUGUCUCCGUAAAUCUCCGACAAACAUAGAGGCUCUCUUGCUUGUCGGAGACUAGCGGAGACAGCUGAGCGUCUGGUUUAACGAGACUGGAGUUCAAUAUCAAUAGUGCUUGGAUCCAUACAAUUUUUAGAAUAUUUUCGAUUACAAAUACAUAGUUUGAAAUCUAUCAUCAAUAUUACACAACACGAUUCAUACAGGGUUUCUCUAAAUUCUUGUCUGAAAAGUCUAAUUAAAAUUCAUAAUAAUGCAUAAUUUAAAUACAGACUAGAAAUUAAUUCCCACGCAAGAUAAGUUGAUUUUACAAUAAAUGACAAUCGAUAAAAUCAACUCCCGUCAGUACUUCAGUACUUUGAUUUUUAAUUUCGAUGAUUUUCAGUUUUCUCAGUUUUGAUUGUUAAACAAAUUCAAUCUAAAUAGGCCUAAGGCUCUUUUUACUGUAAAGUUUUUGUAACUUAUAGAUUAUUGAUGAUGUAUUUGAUAUGAAACAUGAAAUUAAAUAUCAUAGUGAUUUUAGAGAAAAUACACCAUAUCACUUUUAUAGGAAAUGAGACGUUAUUGUUCCAGAAAAGUUAGAUUGAAUUGUCAAUAGUAA